AUGGAUUCCGAGAUUAUGGAUGAUUAUGGGAUCCCUAUUAUCGACACAGAUGAGUCACUAUUCUCCAUAAUCCCAAAGCUUUCUAAAUUUAUCCGCAAUGCGGUUGGUGAUGUCGCAUUCUCAUUCGAUGAUAUGAGCCAUGAAUCUCGAGGCCAUCGGCUUCGUCAGCUAGUACAUGCCUUGGCAGAAGACACUCAUAAUCCCUUCAUCAUUGUCGCAUUGAUGAUUCUCAAGUGGGAAUUUUUGAGUGCCGCUGAUGAUGACUGGGGAUUGAAUGAAAGUCGAGGGGAAGCUUGCGAGUUUGUCGCAUGGCAGUUCUUGUGCCAUUUGAAUCAGAUCGAGGCUAUUGAUUUUCUGCUGGAGGAGCUCCCCAUCCCCCGUCGUAGUUCAACAAACUUCUCCGAGGUUGGAAGAGACAAUUCUGAGUUUGGGCUUGCCCAUGAUACAGAAGCAACACCUCUCUUGACCCGUUCGCCAACCCCUCUUCAUCUCCUUGGCUUCGGCAGAAGAAGCGCAGCCGCUCAAAGGAACCAAGACUAUUCCGAGCUUUAUGGCUCGGACCACGAGAGGGAGGACUUUUCCCGAUAUUUUCAAUUCUUUGGACUGAAUGCGUUGGAAAUUGCUGCUGUUGCUCAAGCUAAAAGGUUUCUCAGUCAGCGAGUUGUUCAGCGCAUGGUCAAUGAUAUCUGGAAAGGAGAAAUCGUUUUCUGGGACUCACUCACUGUCCAUUCGACCAAGAAGCCACAAAUAUUCAACCGGAAGACGGCAGAUCCAUACUCGCGCCUGCGCGUCCCGGUAUAUCGUAAGAUGUUUGAGGCAGGAUUCUUCCUUUCUCUAUUGUUUCUGUACUAUUCAGUACUUGUGGAAAGAUCGCCAACGUCAAUCGGUCGCUUUGAGAUCUUGAUGGAUAUUUGGAUUGUCGCUUUUGCCUAUGAUGAAUUGAGCGGAAUCGUCGAUGCCGGUGUACUCUUCUACCAAAUGGACUUCUGGAGUCUGUGGAACCUCGCCAUUAUUGGAGUCGGGUUUGCAUUCAUUAUCACCAGGGGCAUUGGCCUGGCCAAAAAUGAUGACUAUACCCUCAACUUGUCAUUCGACAUUCUCUCUUUAGAGGCACUUUUUCUUGUCCCGAGAAUAUGCUCGCUUGUGAGCUUGAAUUCGUAUUUUGGGAGUUUAAUUCCUGUAAUGAAAGAGAUGACGAAAGCAUUUUUGAGGUUCUUACCUGUAGUGCUGGUCUUGUAUACGGCAUUUCUUACAACCUUUUCGCUUCUUGCCCGUGACCGAUUUUCUGUCGGAGAAAUGUCGUUCUUGUUGUUAAAGGUGUUCUUUGGGUCUCCAACGCUGGGUUUGGAUAAUGCCCUUAAGAUUUCUCCGAUCUUCGGCUAUGGCUUGAUGUUAAUUUUUAUCCCAAUGAGCAACUUUUUGCUUCUUGCAUGCCUUAUCAGUUUGAUGGGUAUGAGCUUAGAAGGAGUCAUGGCUCACGCUCGCGAAGAGUAUCUCUUUCAGCUCUCUAUCUACGUCCUAGAAAGCAGCAACUCCCGUCGUCUCACGUACUUUCUGCCACCCCUGAACUUAAUUCCUCUUCUGUGCAUCCGCCCUUUGCGAUUAUUCUUAUCCGCCGGUACAGUUCGUCGGGUGCGCAUCGUCUUGCUUCGAGCAACCCAUCUUCCAUUCGUAAUGAUGAUCUGGUUCUACGAGUCAAGUCUGCAGAAUUGCGAAAAAUCACCCUCUCGAUCUUCUCGACCUUUUACAGGACGACCACCUAGUACUGCUGCUAGCGACCCGAGCGUUACCAGAUUCCAGGCCCCAUUGCAUCCUUCCAUGGUUCAAGUGAACCGUAUGAAGCUUGGCCACGAGCGACUCAAUGCGGAGCCGUAUGAUGCAAAUGAUUCUAACAUGGCAGCGCCUGGACAGACACAGUUUGAGCAUGUGUUGGAUGCGGUGGAACGACUCAGGGUACAGGUGGAGCGUGUUAAUAUGACACUCGCAGCACAACAACGAGACAAGUAA